CGGCGCUGCCACCCCAGACUGAACUGGUCCAGCGAGCUAUCAACAUUGCCGACCGCUCCUUGAAACCAAAUCGGAAAAAAUGCGUGAAUGUAUCUCAGUGCACAUCGGCCAAGCUGGCGUCCAAAUCGGCAACGCCUGCUGGGAGCUUUACUGCUUGGAGCACGGGAUCCAACCCGAUGGGCAGAUGCCGUCCGACAAGACGAUCGGCGGUGGCGACGACUCCUUCAACACUUUCUUCUCAGAGACCGGCUCCGGAAAACACGUUCCUAGGGCUGUUUUCGUCGACCUGGAACCAACUGUCGUAGACGAGGUGAGGACUGGCACUUACCGUCAGCUGUUCCAUCCUGAACAGCUCAUCACCGGAAAAGAGGAUGCUGCCAACAACUACGCCAGAGGACACUACACCAUUGGAAAGGAAAUCGUCGACAUUGUCCUGGACCGGAUCAGGAAGCUUGCCGACCAGUGCACCGGACUUCAGGGCUUCCUCGUCUUCCACUCCUUCGGAGGUGGAACCGGCUCUGGGUUCACGUCCUUGCUCAUGGAGCGGCUCUCCGUCGACUAUGGAAAGAAGAGCAAACUCGAAUUCUCUAUCUAUCCUGCCCCACAGGUAUCUACUGCUGUAGUUGAACCUUAUAACUCCAUUCUUACUACUCACACCACCCUCGAGCACUCAGAUUGUGCUUUUAUGGUCGACAACGAAGCUAUUUACGACAUCUGCAGAAGGAAUUUGGACAUCGAAAGACCGACUUAUACCAACUUAAACCGUCUUAUUGGCCAGAUCGUAUCGUCCAUCACCGCGUCCCUCCGGUUCGACGGGGCUUUGAACGUCGACCUGACGGAAUUCCAGACGAAUCUCGUACCUUAUCCAAGGAUCCAUUUCCCCUUGGCGACAUACGCUCCGGUCAUUUCGGCCGAGAAGGCUUACCACGAGCAGAUGACAGUGGCCGAAAUUACGAACGCCUGCUUCGAACCGGCAAACCAGAUGGUCAAAUGCGAUCCAAGACACGGCAAAUACAUGGCAUGUUGCAUGCUCUACAGAGGUGAUGUCGUACCAAAAGACGUUAACGCAGCGAUCGCAACUAUCAAGACGAAACGUUCAAUCCAAUUCGUCGACUGGUGUCCGACUGGAUUUAAGGUCGGCAUCAACUACCAGCCGCCGACUGUUGUUCCCGGUGGUGAUCUGGCGAAGGUGCAAAGGGCCGUCUGCAUGCUUUCCAACACGACAGCCAUUGCCGAAGCUUGGGCCAGGCUUGAUCAUAAAUUCGACCUCAUGUACGCCAAAAGGGCCUUCGUCCACUGGUAUGUCGGUGAGGGUAUGGAAGAAGGCGAGUUCUCCGAGGCCAGGGAGGAUCUCGCGGCCCUUGAAAAAGACUACGAAGAGGUGGCAGUCGACUCCACCGAAGGCGAAGGAGACGAAGGAGAUGAAUAUUAAACUUUGAGAUUUUGAGAUUCAAUCGAGUAUUUUUUUAUGCUUAAUACCAAAGUGUACCGCUUUAUCACCAAGUGCCUGACUUGUCAACUUUAAUACCCACGUUCUGAAAAUUCCGAACCAAUUUUGCUUAUUUAUUUAAACGUUUUGUACGUUCCUUUGAAUAUUAAAUUCAUAUUUAACAUUGA